UUAAAGAAGUGAAGGGGAAGUGUAACAGAGUGGAGAGAAUUCCCGCCAGAACGAGAAGCAUUUCCCGCCACCUCUUGUAAUUAUUAAUUGGUUAUCGCCACUAAUCUCCCAAGCUUUGCAAUACGCAUGCUUCAUACUUGAUAGUUGAUACUACAUUACUUUGUCAUUUUCUGUGUUUGUUCAAAAACACCACUCACACACACUGAUCGCUAAGAUGCGUCGCAACACCAACGGUCGAUCGCCGCUGGUGAAUCAACAGCGCCAAAUCACUGCUUUCUUCUCCAAAUCCACUUCUUCUUCUCCUUCUCCUUCUCCCAUUCUCUCCGAUUCCAAAUCCAUCAGCAACAAUAAAACCUCUAAGCUAAACCCUAACCCUAGCCCUACCCCUCCCACGCCUUCCCCUUCUAAUCCCAAACCCAUUCUUCUCGUCGGAGCUUCUUCUCCUCUAUACUCCGAUGACGUCAUUGGAAAAAGGAUCAAGGUUUAUUGGCCUCUUGAUAAAGCAUGGUACGAAGGUACCGUCAAAUCGUUCGAUAAUGCCACUUCUAAGCAUUUAGUGUUAUACGACGAUGACGAAGAGGAAUCGCUCGACCUUUCCAAGGAGAAGUUCGAAUGGGUUCAGGAUUCUUCAUCGUCUGUCAAGAAGCUUAAACGGUUGCGUCGCAGCUGCGACAUCCCCAUUGUUAGGAAGAUGGUGAUUGACGACGACGAGAGUGAUGGAAGUCCCAAAGGUGUUGAUGAUGGUAAUUGUGGCAGUGAUGAUUCGGAUGAAGAUUGGGGGAAGAAUGCGGUGGAUGAAGGCGCCGAGGAGGAAGAUGACGUGGAGCUAGACAACGAGGAAGAUGACUAUGAAGAUGCUGCUGCAGAGAGGUCUAAAAGAAAGUCAAGUGCGAAGGUGGAGCCCAAGAAGCGGAAAAUGAGUGGAACAGAGAAACCGGAGCCUGCAAAAAAGAGCAAGAACGUCGAGGAAGCUGGUGGUGUUAAGGGAGCUUUCAAGUUCUCAGUAUUGGAGCCUUCAAGUACUUCGGAUACUAAAAAGAUAUCCAAUGGCGUUGACAAUGUGGCAAUUGAUGAUGCCUCUGAAAGAUUUGCGACAAGGGAUGCUCAGAAAUUUCGCUUUCUCAGAGAAGACCGCAGGGAUGCUAAACGAAGGCGUCCUACUGAUGAAAAUUAUGAUCCAAGAACUCUCUAUUUGCCUCCUGAUUUCUUAAGGAGUUUGUCAGAUGGCCAGAAACAAUGGUGGGAGUUCAAGUCAAAGCAUAUGGACAAAGUUUUAUUUUUCAAGAUGGGUAAAUUUUAUGAACUUUUUGAGAUGGAUGCACAUGUAGGAGUGAAAGAGCUUGACUUGCAGUAUAUGAAGGGGGAACAACCUCAUUGUGGUUUUCCGGAGAGGAAUUUCUCAAUGAAUGUGGAGAAACUUUUUCAGGGUUACCGAGUUCUUGUUAUAGAGCAGACUGAAACACCUGUACAGUUAGAGCUUCGUCGCAAGAAUGGCUCAAAAGAUAAGGUUGUGAGACGGGAAAUAUGUGCAGUGGUUACAAAAGGCACACUAACUGAUGGGGAGUUGCUGUCAGCAAACCCAGAAGCUGCGUAUUUGAUGGCACUGACAGAGCAACAUGAAAACAACGCAAAUGAAGUUUCAGAGCGCAUUUAUGGACUUUGUAUAGUCGAUGUUGCCACAAGCAGAAUCAUUCUUGGACAGUUUAAGGAUGACUUGGAAUGCAGUGCUUUAUGCUGCAUCUUGUCUGAGAUUAGGCCAGUUGAAAUUGUGAAACCUGCUGAAGUGCUCAGUGCUGAAACAGAGAGAGUACUGCUGAAGCAUACUAGAAAUCCUCUAGUGAAUGAAUUAGUUCCUAAUGUGGAGUUUUGGGAUGCUGAAAAAACCGUGGAUCAAUUGAAGAGAAUUUACAGGCACACUGAUGAAGUUAGUCUAGAAGAUAAUGAGCUAGGUUGCUUGCCAGAUGUUUUGCUGGAGCUGGUGAAAACUGUCAAUGACAAUAAAAGUGCACUUUCAGCUCUUGGGGGUGCUCUAUAUUAUCUGAAACAGGCUUUCUUAGAUGAGGCAUUGCUUAGAUUUGCACACUUUGAGUUACUUCCAUGUUCUGGCUUCUGUGAUCUUGCCUCAAAACCAUACAUGGUUCUUGAUGCAGCAGCCUUGGAGAAUCUUGAAAUUUUUGAGAAUAGCAGAAAUGGAGAUUCUUCAGGUACUCUGUAUUCCCAAUUAAACCAUUGUGUUACCGCAUUUGGAAAGAGACUACUAAGGGCAUGGCUUGCAAGACCAUUAUGUCAUAUAGAGUUAAUUAAGGAGCGCCAGGAAGCCAUUACUAGUUUAAAGGGAGUUAAUUUACCUUAUGCACUAGAAUUUCGAAAAGCUUUGUCAAGGUUACCUGACAUGGAGCGAUUGCUGGCCCGCAUCUUCUCCACUAGUGAAGCUAAUGGAAGGAAUGCUAAUAAAGUGGUUCUGUAUGAGGAUGCAGCAAAGAAACAACUACAAGAGUUUAUUUCUGCUCUUCGUGGUUGUGAACUAAUGUUGCAAGCAUGCUCUUCUCUUGGCGUUAUUCUGAAUGAUGUCAAAUCUAGACUACUCCAUCAUCUGUUAACACCUGGAAAAGUUCUUCCUGAUGUCUGCUUGGCUCUGAACCAUUUCAAGGAUGCCUUUGAUUGGGUGGAAGCCAAUAAUUCAGGCCGUGUAAUACCUCAUGAAGGAGUUGACCCUGAGUAUGACUCAGCCUGUAAGGCAGUUAAAGAAAUUGAGUCGAGUUUAUCAAAACAUCUUAUUGAACAAAGGAAAUUGCUUGGAGACACAUCUAUCACUUAUGUCACUGUUGGAAAGGACACAUACCUUUUAGAAGUCCCAGAAAAUUUUCGUGGGAAAGUUCCUCGGGACUAUGAGCUGCGUUCAUCUAAAAAAGGCUUCUUUAGGUACUGGACUCCUGCUAUUAAAAAGUUCCUGGGAGAACUCUCCCAAGCUGAAUCUGAAAAGGAGUCCUUAUUGAAAAGUACAUUGCAGAGAUUAAUUGGACGCUUUUGUGAAAAUCAUACUAAGUGGAGGCAAUUGGUGUCUACUACAGCUGAGCUGGAUGUUUUGAUCAGUUUAGCUAUUGCUCGUGAUUACUAUGAAGGGCCAACAUGCAGACCAAGUUUUUUAAGCAUGCUAUCUACCAAAGACAGUCCUUACCUCUCUGCUAAAAGUUUGGGACACCCAGUCCUUAGGAGUGAUUCCUUAGGAAAGGGGGCCUUUGUACCCAAUGACAUAUCAAUUGGUGGUCAACACGAUGCCAACUUUAUUCUUCUAACUGGUCCUAACAUGGGUGGAAAGUCAACUCUCCUUCGCCAAGUUUGCUUGGCGGUGGUUUUGGCCCAGGUAGGGGCUGAUGUCCCAGCAGAGAGUUUUGAUUUGUCACCUGUGGACCGUAUCUUUGUUCGCAUGGGUGCCAAAGAUAAUAUCAUGGCUGGCCAGAGUACAUUUUUAACUGAGCUUUCAGAAACUGCAACAAUGCUGUCUUCAGCCACUCGUAAUUCAUUGGUGGCUCUUGAUGAGCUUGGGCGUGGGACCUCAACUUCUGAUGGGCAAGCCAUUGCGGAAUCUGUUCUAGAACAUUUUGUGCGGAAGGUUCAGUGUCGUGGAUUGUUUUCUACACAUUAUCAUCGAUUAGCUAUCGAUUAUUACAAAGAUCCCAAGGUCUCCCUCUGCCAUAUGGCAUGCCAAGUUGGUAGUGGAACAAUUGGCGUGGAUGAAGUCACCUUUCUUUAUAGGCUGACCCCUGGUGCAUGUCCCAAGAGCUAUGGUGUUAAUGUUGCACGGUUGGCAGGGCUUCCAACUUCCGUGCUUCAGAAGGCUGCUGCUAAGUCCAAAGAAUUUGAGGCCUCUUAUGGUAAAUCUAGAAAUGCGUCUCUUGAAACAAACUCUCCAAAUCAGGAAUGGGUUGAUGAGAUGAUAGUUGUAAUGAAAAUGUUGAACAAGGCUGCUGCAAAUUUGAGUUAUCAGGAAGGUGGUUGUGACAGCUCCCUCCAUGAACUUAAGAGUAGAGCAAGAGAACUUAUGCAGCGAUGUUAAUUGCUGUAGAGAAUCUAGAUAUGUUUGCCAUGAUUCAUUUUUUUGAAAAAACAAGGUUUUGGUGGCCAGAUUCUGUAGUAAUCAAUCCAGAUGGGAUAAGGGCCAUCUUGCUUUUCAUGUUGGUUGUCCAACAUACCACUUUUGUUGAUGGCGUGCUUGUAAAUAGUUGUAGCGAUAGUGAUUGGUUACAACUAACAAAUUGAAGCCUGACCCGUUGUACAUGUUUAGGAGUUCUCCUAAUAGACUUGUUUUUAAAGUUAAUACAACAGGCGAAUUCGGUUGGGCUUUUUCUUCCCC